CUCACAAAUAUUAUGAAAAAGACCCCAUCCCGAUCCGAUAAUGCCUUCCGGUCAAUCUUGAUUCUUUAAGAAUUUUCCAAGUUUCGAGGUCGAAUUUCGACCUCUUAACGCCGGAAUUUCGAAUUUUUUAUAUUUUUUUGUAAGAGUAACCCAUACCUCCGCUAUCGAAUGGUACCACUCCCGAGGCUCUACGACUUCUGUACGAGGCGGUGGGCAAAACGGCUAAAAAUGAACCCCCCUCUUUUUUUUUCUAAUUAUACAAAAUAGAAAAAUAAGCAUUUUUCUGCCAAAAUUUUUAAAAAUCCCUAAAAUGUUUUACAUAAAAUUUCAUAUUUAUAAUUGCCAUAAGUAAAUAAUAAAUUUUUAAAAUAUGUAUAUCACACAAUUUUUAUUUAAUUAAUGUCCCCACAACUUUCCUCCAAAAUUUAUUCUUCUUCGAUACUAAAUUUGUUAUUUUUAUUUUUUAUCCCAAUAUUAUUAUGUGAAUUUUCCAGAAUUUGUUCAAAAUCGCCUUCAUUGCAUAAUUGUUUAUUACAAAUACACAAAAGUGUUGAAGACUUGAAAAUGUUUUUAAAUUAAAAAUUUUAUUAAAAAUAAAAUAUUUUUUAAUAUAUUUUUUAAUCCACACUUUUACUUAUAAAAUUAUUUUUAAUAAAAUUUUUACAUGACUCUGCGGAGGUGAUGGACUUCCAUCUCUAAUAAUAAUGUCAUUAUUAUUACUUCUUUUCCUCCUUUCCAAAAUUUCAGAUUUAUCAUCAUUAAAUAUUCUUUUUGGCAAAUUUAAUUUUGAUUGUUUUAGGUGAUUCUUUGACGGAAGUUGAUUUUUUGAAAAUGAAUUUAGAGGAGCAGGAUUGGGAGGAGAUUGGUGAUCAAUUUGUGAAAGUAACUUAAAUAAAGAACUAACCCAUUGUUCAACACUUUGACAUACUCCAACAUUCUUUCCUCCAUUCAAUUGAUAUUU